AUGCUUAAAAAAUUUAGUAAUCCAACUUUGUGGCGUUCAAAAAAUCCACAUUCUCUUGAAUAUUUAAGGUAUUUGCAAGGUGUUUUAGUUAAAAAUGAGAAAAUAACAGAAGGAAAUAGAGCUUUGGUGAUUGAAGCAAUGCGUGCAAUUACUGAAAUAUUAAUUUGGGGGGAUCAAAAUGAUGCUGCUGUUUUUGAUUUCUUCCUCGAAAGGCAAAUGUUUUCACAUUUUCUUCAAAUUAUGCAGCAGGCAGAUACAAGUUUUGUAAAUAUUCAAUUACUUCAAACAUUAAAUAUUUUAUUUGAAAAUACUAAAAAUGAGACGUCUCUAUAUUUUUUGUUAAGCAAUAAUCAUGUAAAUUCAAUUAUUACCCACAAUUUUGACUUUUCAAACGAAGAAAUAAUUGCUUAUUAUAUUUCUUUUUUGAAGACUCUUUCUUUCAAAUUAAAUACAAAAACUGUCCAUUUCUUUAGCGAGGUUUUUUAAUUUUAUAUUUUUAAAUUAGAGACUGGUCAGGCAUGAGUAUUUUUAAUGUUUUUUGAUUUUUGAUAUUCUUUAAAUCAAGGGUUUUUUGGAAUUUUAUGACAAAAAAUUGAAUAAAUAUUCCUUUUCUGGGCCUCUUAUAAGUUUAAAAAAUUUUGACAAAACAAUUAUUUGUGUAUUUUCUUUUUUCCUCCACUUCUGGCACCUUCCUUUUUUUAAGUUCUUUUUUCAAUUUUUCAGUUCAGCUU